AUGAAAGUCAACAGCGGACACCAUAGCGGACACCCUAAUCGCAACAUCCGUUACUAUGACAGCGAAGGGAAUGAUGAUGACAUAGGAGAAGGUGGCGAACCAAUUUUGGACGAAUUGUCUUACCCUAAUAAGUCGAGUGCAAUGCUUAGGGUUAAAUCAGUCCAGUGCAGUGCUUAGGGUUAAGUCAGUCGAGUGCAGUGCUUAGGGCUAAAUCAGUCGAGGGCAGUGUUUAGGGCUAAAUCAGUCGAGGGCAGUGCUAACUUAUCCUCGCUUGAAGUCACAGUUGAGUGGAUAUGGUAAUGAAACAGAUUAAUGUUCGAGAGACCACAGUGACGCCUCCCACCGAUUUGCUGAUUCAGCAGAAAUUGUUUCUAUUUUUAGGCGAUGACGUCAUUAUUUUGACUAGAACAGGUAUAAAAGACGGAUAUCAACCAUGAAAAAUCAUUUGAGAUCAUUGUGUCCUUGUGUAAAGAUCGAUCAUGUGCAAAGCAACGUAUCCACGAGCUUGUCCCACAUGCGGAAAGACAAUCAAGAACAGGGGAAAUUUCUUUCGUCAUAAGAAACGUUGUGGGACUUCGGAGCAUCGCGUUCAAUGUCUAUACUGUCAUAAGACAUAUUCAAGAAAAGACGAUUUGAAGAAACAUGUUCGUAAGGUCCAUUCCGAAGCAGGAAAGCGAAAAGCAGAAGAGCCGGCUGAACUAUUACGCCUUGAGUUAUUGCAUUCAGACAAAGUUCCAACACUAGUCAGUGAUGAAAGUCAGCAGGGUGGCGCUGUGAAUACUCGAAGUAUGAAAAAAGACCCCGAGAGUGUAAAGGAGGACCUAAAACCUAUGAAAGACGAAACACGGGCAGUUAAAAGAAAAUUAGAAGACGACAUGGACAUGUCUCACCGGUUGGAUGAUGGCAGUGACGACUUUUUGGUAGAGAGAGCCAAUCGUUUAGAGCUGUCUGAGAAUCCUUUGUUGAAAGCCAAUCUCACGUUUCUACCAUACAAACGGCAGGGUUUGAAGGGUGCGGUCAAGAAAGAACAAUUUUCCGUCACGUUUGAUCAGCUACGUAAACCCACAGAAGAGGAAUCAUUGGGAGAGGGUUUGUCAGAGUCCCUGUUUGAAGCGGUAAGGAACACGAUCCUAAACGAAAACCUGCAGGAUUCAACAAAAGUUCAUCUGACUUUAACCUCAAAGGAACAUUCCAACGGCACUGUAAAUUCGGGAUAUUUAUCCCACGUAAAAUAUGGCAUCCCAGUCCAAGAGUUUGUGAAACGUGGUGAUUAUGUACAUGCCAUGUUCGAGUCACUGGCAAGAAAAAUGAAUAGCGCUCAAAAUAUGAAUCCAGCCAUUGGGUUCAAUGCCACUCUCACAUUUAUCACCUACCCUGACAAAGGUGGCAAAGGUAGAGCUUCUAAAAAUCCAAACAGAUUACCCUUUGAUUUGAUGCACAAAAAGAAAGACUGUAUGAUCAAGAUCAAAAACACAGAUGACUUAUGUUGUGCCCGUGCAAUCAUAACGAUGAAAGAGUACGUGGAUGGCGAUCCUGACAAGCAAUAUGAUAAUCUACGAAGAGGUAGACCUAUUCAGGAACGCCUAGCCAAGCAGCUUCACCAAGACGCGGGUGUACCAGAAGGCCCGUGUGGUUAUGAAGAACUAGAAAAAUUUCAAGCGUUUCUAGGACCCCAAGGCUACAAAAUCAUCGUGGUAGAUUACGUCUCUUGUGCCUGUAUUUUUCAAGGCAAAGUGGAUCAGUACAGCAAAGUCAUUUAUUUGCUUAAACACGAGAAUCACUACAAUGGUUUAAGAAGCAUGAUUGCUUUUUUGAAUCGGUCGUACUUUUGCCCUGAUUGCUGUAAAGGGUACGAUGUAGACGACGCAGCCCACCAUUCUUGUAUGGGCCGUAACUGCGCAAGUUGUCAACGAACACGUUCUCAGAAAAAUAAAGGGGGCUGCCCAGAUUUUUCCCCAGGCAAGAAACGUACAAUUCACUGCAAUGACUGUCAGCGUGAUUUCUAUGGUCCAGAUUGUUUCAAAACCCAUAAAGAACCAAAAGGCAAGAAAAAAGUCAGUCUUUGUCAGAAACUCAAAAAGUGUCUAAAAUGCUGUAAAGUUUAUAAGGUGAAUCCAAAGCAGCAACACAAAUGCUACCACGACACUUGCCGUCACUGCCAUGAAUUUGUUGAAAUAUACAAUCACAAAUGUUACAUCCAACGUGUUGAAGAGGCAGACGAUGAGGAACACGAUGAUGAUGAUGAUGAUGAUGACGAAGAAAAGAAGCUACCACCUCUCAUGGUGUUUGCUGACAUCGAAUGUUUGAUAGAACCCACAGAGCAGGGAAAGCAGUUAUUCAUAGCAGAUUUG